CUAAAAAAUCCAAAACGCCACGAAAUCUGAUGUUCGUAGCUUUGUAGCUACUUGUACAUGACAUUAUUGUAGUAUUCUUGACCGGUUUUAUUCCUUUCUAUUUCUGCCGAGUAUCAGCACUUCCGCAGGCCAAAAAACUUAGUUCGUAGAGAUAUUCACCAUGGAUAUUACUGUUAUGAAUUCAGAUUCAGACUCAGAUGCUUCGUCUGUGGAUAUGGAGGAGUAUCAAGCUCUCCUUCAGGCACAAGGUGAAAAGGGCACGAAGACUGUGAAGAAGACCUUCUACAACAAUGUGGAGGGCAUGCAGGCUAAAAUAAUGACACUGGCCGAAAGCACUGGGAGCAUGGACCAAAGCAUGUCGUGCACUGUUGAGAACGACAGAGACGAAGAAUUCGAUGCGCACGACGACUUCAAGAGAGAAGAAGCAUUCAUGCAGCAGGCAAAGGCUGCAGUCAAAGUGGUAUUGCCACGAUUGGCUGCCGCUGGUGUUUCAAUCGAGCGUCCGUCUGACUAUUUCGCCGAGAUGGUCAAGAGCGAUGAACAUAUGAAGAAGAUCAAAGCCAAACUUCUCAGUGAGGAGCAAUCUUUAGAGCAGUCCGAGAAGGCUCGCAAGCAGCGUGAAUUGAAGAAGUUUGGAAAGAAGGUUCAACACGAAGUCUUAGAAAAGCGGAGAAAGGAGAAGCGCGAUGCACUCGAAUCAGUGAAGAAGAUGAAAACACAAAAAAUGUCUCGCGACGCCCGUGAUGCAAAGUUUGGAUUCGGCAAGCGAGAUGCAGGGAAAAAGGGUGGCGGCCGAGGUGCAGGAAGAGGUGGCGGCCGAGGUGCUGGAAGAGGUGGCGGACGAGGUGCAGGAAGGGGCGGUGGGAGUGCCGGAAGAGGGAAAGGAAGGCCGCAGAAGAAGAGACCUGGCAAACGGUGAUACCUCAUGAGCUCGAUGAACAUCUCUCUUGGCCGGUUUUGCACUGCUUCUCCGACCUAUCUACUCGAUACUCUAAUGACCAAGAAUAUUGGAAUUGUUAUGUAUGCCAAUAUUUUAGUCAACACUCCAUGCUCCUUAGAUGCUGCCCUUUCUAUUCUACAACAUGCCUUGCCACUGAA